CUUUUCCCGGUCAGCCCGCGAGCCCCGCGCAGACCUCUGGGUGCGACUGGCGGUGCGGGUGGUGGUGAGUGCGGCGCCAGGGUAAUAUGUCGGUUCCAGGACCUUACCAGGCAGCCCCCGGGCCUUCCUCCAUGCCUACUGCGCCCCCAUCCUAUGAAGAGACGGUGGCAGUUAACAAUUACUUCCCAACGCCUCCAGCUCCUGCGCCUGCGCCCAUGCCUGGACCAACCACGGGGCUCAUGACCGGCCCAGAUGGGAAAGGCACCAACCCUCCUUUGUACUAUACCCAGCCAGUGCCCGUCCUCAACCCCAGUGCCAACACAACAGUACAGACCGUCUUUGUGCAGCAGCCUGUGUCCUUUUUUGACCGUCCCGUCCAGAUGUGCUGUCCUUCCUGCAACAAGAUGAUUGUGACCAAGCUGUCCUACAAUGCCGGUGCCCUCACCUGGCUGUCCUGCGGGAGCCUGUGCCUGCUGGGGUGUGUAUUGGGCUGCUGCUUCAUCCCCUUCUGCGUGGACGCCCUGCAGGAUGUGGACCACUACUGUCCCAACUGUAAAGCCCUCCUGGGCACCUACAAGCGCUUGUAGGACAUGGCCAGGUGUGGAGGGAGCUGCGUGCUGCUGGAGGUUGCCUGACACUCACCCAGCCCACCCCUGGGACAGGUUCAGCUCCAGUGGUCCCAUCUCUUCUCUCCACCUUCGUGUCUUCUUUUGGCGGGUGAAUGUCGCAGAAGUCACAAACCUCCACAUUCCAGAAAUUGCUGCUUGGAGAGAUGCGCAGGACUUGCAGAGACGUUGACCUUGAGUUUGGGUUCCAGGGUUUCCCACCCACUCGUGACCCCAAAGCCACCCUGACUGUGACAUUGCACCACCUGACUGUCCGCCAGUGAUUUGCCUUCCUGCCUCAGUGGGCCCUUCUGCUGGUCUCAAACUGAGAAGCCACAGUUUGCCUUAUUUUUGAGACUGUUGUGCCUGGUCCCUUGGCUGAGGCAGCCUGUCGCACCUGUCGUUUUGUCCUUCCCUUCCCUCCCGUGACAAAAAUCUUGCCUUAGAGACUGUUUGGCUCUUAGAUUCUGUAAUUGCAAGCUUUUUUGGCACUCAAGCUCACUUUAAUUUCUUAAUGUUCUUUUAAGUGCAAGGAAGGGCUGUUGGCACCCGCCAGACCCAGAUCCGCAGGGUCAUAAGGGCACAAUAAAGAAAAUGAGGGCUGGAUCUUAGCAUCGUUUGCCUUCCCUUAGUUCCUUCGGAUCUUCAGCACCACUUUAUAUGAAGGGAUUUUUUUAGGGUUGAUAGUAUUAACCACUCUCGUGACCUCCUUUUGAUCAUCUUAAACACAUUGGAAAUGAGGGUUUUAUAGAUUUGUUUUCUGUAACCGGAGGAUGGGUAUCAUUUUCCCAUUGGUCAGUGUAUACUUUUGUUUUUCUUGGUUUAGGAGACAGGGUCUUGUGUUGCUCACGCUGGUCUUGAACUCCUGGACUCAAAUGAUUCCCUCUGCUUUGACUGCCCAGGUAGCUAGGGUUUCACAUGCUUAUCACCAUACGUGGCUCCCUUUUCCCUUUUUCUUAUUAGAAAAAUAAGUGGAUAAAUUUUUUUAAGGAUUUUUUUUUUUUUGCUCCGA